GCAGAACAGGAUGAAAAAGUUCAUAUCAAAGUUUGAAACGAAAAAUGAACCCACAUCCACCACGGCCAGCAGCAGCAGCCGGGAAACGAACAGUUUCGUCGGCAAAACGUUUAAACUAAGCAAGGAAAACGUCGUUACCGUGGAGGAGGUACUGGCCGAGAGUGGUUUCGCUGUCGUGUUUCUAGUCAAAGGUGCGAAAGGCGAACGGUACGCACUGAAGCGGCUGUACGUAAACAAUGAGUACGAUUUGGGUGUGUGCAAUCGGGAGAUAAAGAUAGCGAGCAAUCUUAGUGGACAUAAGAACAUCAUCGGCUACAUUGACCACAGCAUCAAUGCGAAAGGUAACGGUGUGCACGAGAUACUGCUGCUGAUGCCGUACUGCAAGACGAAUCUGGAUACGCUGAUGAACGGGCGGCUUAGUACGGGCUUUAGCGAGCCGGAAGUGAUGCAAAUAUUUUGUGACGUUGCGGAAGCGGUCGCUCGGUUGCACCAAUGCCAGACACCCAUAAUACAUCGGGAUUUAAAGGUUGAAAACAUCCUGCAAAACGAUCAGGUACACUUUGUGCUAUGUGAUUUCGGUUCUGCUACGGCACGGGUGCUUAAUCCAACGAGCCAUGGGCGUACGAUGGUGGUAGAAGAGAUCCAGAAGUACACGACGCUGUGA